UCCGCCACCGUAGCCGAAAUGCCGUCGCAAAACAAGAUGCUGCGCUGGUUGGACAAGCUCAACAAUCGACUGAAGGAGGACCUGGAGCGGGACCGGAUCCCUGUGAGCGAAGCAUCCAAAAGCAUCAUCGUGUACUGCAACACCACCCCGGACUACAUGGUCCCAUCGGUUUGGGGCGCCGCCCCAUCAGUUCUGGGCGAAGUCCGCGAGGAGCCGGCUCCACAGAAGCCGGGCUUGAAGGGUCGCUUUACCAAGUUGUUCAAGAGGCGUGGUUCGCGUUCGUAGUUCUUCUCUAACAAGCUCGAGAAGCGAAAAAACUACAACCAUGAAUAGAGACAGAGAGAUAGAGGAAAGAGAAAUAGAUUGAAGAGUAUGAGAAGAAUUGAAAGGGAAAUGGAAAAUGGAAUUAAAAAGAAGAGCAGAAAACGAAGCAGAAAAGAAAUGAAAACAUUAAAUAAUUUGAUGCCA